AUGCCCCUCAAGCUCAUCUCCCUCAAAUACCGCCUCCCCACCGUGACCCCGGAAGCCUUCAAACGCGGCUACAAGGAGCACGUCACAGCCAUCAAGGAGUGCAUGGGCGAGACAUUCCCGCUCUCAAUCCAAAUGCACUUCAUCAGCAACACGCAAAACGCGUCCUCCAGCUCCGCCUCCGCACCCACAGUGAUCCCCGAGGGCGCGUUGCAGGGUGCCGACGGCAGCGCCGUGCCGCUGACCAUCAAGACGGAGUUUGGGUUUGACGCCGUCAACGUCCUUACCUUUGCCGAUGAGGCGGCGUACGCGGCGUUCCAGGAGAAGUUUGUUAGUGAUCUGCGCAUGCGGCAGCUCAGGGAGAAGGAGUUGGACUUUGCGUGUGGGACGCGGUUGGAGAUUGCGGUUGUUGAGGAGGUCUUUGAGGUGCGGAGGGGGUAG